AUGGCCGCUGUGGCAACGGAUCCCGGGCUUUCCUUCCAGGAAUUCACCGGACGUACUGUCGUAGACAGCGGCACGACGUUCACCUACUUUCCGGCGAAGGUGUUUGAAACCUUGCGCCAAAGCGUCAUAGCAACAUGUCAAGGCUCACGGUGCGGGGCAAGACCAGCAGGAAAGGACUGCUGGCUGUUGCCUACAGGAAGCCGCCCUGCAAAGUUCGCACCGAUCAUUCUGACAUUCUCCGGCGGAAAUGGAGAAGCUGACAUAUCAGUCAGCUGGCCUGCGAAUGCCUACCUCUUUCGGCGUGGUAUGCGCGGGGUUGAUGGAUUCGAAGCCUGGUGCUUGGCGUUUGCGAGCAACGGGUUUUCCAAGGAGACGGUGCUGGGAAUCUCCUUCUUCAUGCACAAGCAUUUGGUCUUCGACACCGCAUCCUCAAAGCUGGGGGUGGAAGGUGCAAACUGCCCAGAGCAUCAUCAUUCCACCCACCUCACGGUGCAAGCUUCGACAAGCCUAGACAGUCCUGUUGAAGAACAUCAGCGACAGGACUCAAUGCGACAUCUUGGCUUGGUGUUAGGCAGCUUGAGGCUAAGCUUUCGUUGCCGGAGAGUCCAAAAAUCUUCAAGGUUUCUCCAACCGUAG